AUGUCUCUCUUCGAAUUGCCCUCACUUGCACCAUCCCAUCCGCCUGCCUUUCAACGGCCAAAAUCUCUGUUAACGUAUUCAAAUGAUGCGAAUCACAAACAGGAAUUCACCAAUUCCGCGCUGAACUACUUCAUUAAGCCUCCAUCUUUCGCAGACCUGAAUUAUGGCUAUGACAAAUGGAUCAAGCGCCCGGAAACUCGAACACGUCUUGACGCGCUUCUCAAUUGCUUGAAUCGGGAUGAAGCUAAAGGCGCUUCGAAAGUACCAAGUGUCGUCACUUGGCGUGGCGUUAUAACCAAGUUGUUGGUUGCACCUUAUGAAGACAGGGACUCGUGGGCCAUCAAUGCCAUGCUCGUCGAUGGGAUGAUAUAUCUUGAAGAGCAUGCAACUGAGUCCGAUCUCCUGAGCAAGGAGGACAUGGGACCUCAGCAGAGACUUUUCAUGUACUACGGGUACUCCUUUGAGUCAUGGUGCACAACACCAAAUGCUGAUCAACAGCCAGAGAAAUUGCCUGAUCACCCUCGAGGCUGGAGCGGCGAUGUCAACACUAACAUCCAGUGGUGCCAAGUUGUCAAAUCAAAGCUUGGGAGGAAUCGAAUGAUAUUGGGUGGAGAAGUUGACUGUGUUCGAGGAGAGUACGAUGGGACGACAAGCAAUUUUGUGGAGCUCAAAACCUCACAGACUAUCCAAACUAAAUGGGACAAAGCCAAAUUUGAAAAAAAAUUACUGAAAUACUGGGCACAAUCCUACCUACUCGGAGUCCCAGAGAUAUUUGUCGGCUUUCGAUCCAAAGAUGGGAUAAUUCAGUCUACACAGUCUCUUCGCACCCUUGAAAUACCACGAACGGUACGAUCCAAGAGUCCAAACUCAUGGGACGCGGGGGUUUCCCUUAAUUUCGCCGAGACCUUCCUUCAUUACUUGAGGCAAACUCUGGAGCAGUCUUCCAGGCCACCUGGAACCGUAUGGCGUCUGACUUUUACCCCCAAAGGUGGUAUAUCUGUGAAAGUCGUUGAGGAUUCGGGCAAUCUCAACACUGGUGAGCGUUACGGGCAAGUCCCGGAGAACGCACACGACGUUCUGGACUCCAAAGACCAACGCUCUUUCGGGAAUACCUUGUCGGCCACUGAGCAGAAUAAAAAGGAACAGAAAAGAGACGAGCAAGAACGGGCGGAAAUCAGACCUACUGGCGUUGCUAAAUUGCAUGGCAACAAGCCUUCCAGGGGUGCUGAGAUAGACGAAGAGCUAGAAAACGAGGAGCAUCACGAACUAAAGCGUGAAGGGAAAAUUUAA